AUGUAUUCCAUCGCGCCCUCCCCCUCCCCCAUCCCCACCCUCCUAUCCGACCCAAUUCCCUCCACCCCACCCGACACAUCCGCUCCUUCAAUCCUCCGCUACAUAAUCGGCUUCCUACUCAUCGGCAUCGCCUGGGGCUUCACCACCCCCUUCAUCCGAGCCGCCGCACGAACUCAUCAACCUCCCACUCACCCCAUUCUCUCAUCUCACGCUGUCACCCAAUCAUAUUUUAAAUCGAAGUUGUAUGGCGCAUUUUUCGGAGUCGUGGAUCUUUUGAAAAAUCCUAGAUAUGCCAUUCCGUUGGUGGUGAAUUUGACGGGGAGUAUUUGGUUUUUUUUGCUGAUUGGUCAGGCUGGUGAGUUUGAUUUCUUUAUGUUUGAGGUGAUUUUUGGGGGUGACUUUGGGGGAGAAGAUUGGCAAGUGGUGUGA